AUGAUGAUGGAUUCUAUAGCAGAUCCAUUUCUUAAUUUAUACAAUGAUGGUCAAAUUCCAUCAAUACCAGAUAGUUUAUUAUUUUCCAACGAUGAUAACCUUGGGGGCAUCGAUCUUGAUUUACCAGUCCAAAGUCCGAUUAAAUUCGAACAAGAAACUAUAUCUAAUAUGACGGAUAAUCCUGAAUUCGAAAAUGAAUUAAAAAAUUUCCUAGCGAAUUUCCCAUCACCAGAUUCCUCCUCGCCACCAAAUGAUAAUUCAGCAAUUGACAUCUUAGACGAUUUUCCAUUUUCACCAUUACAAAAUGACAUUAACAUAGAAAAAAUUCAACCGAUACUUCUACCACCACCUGCACCUCCUAGAAAACUACCGGUUAUUAUAAAUACAACUAAAAUCACCAACCAACACUUACCAAAAGUCGUGCAAUUAACAAAAGGAAAUGUUGUUUAUAUUCAAGCACCUAAUAAUUCAAAUAAAUCUCAAACAAAUUUUAUUCAACUAACUAAUUGUCUACCAACAAUAUUAAUUAAUACCUUACCGACACCGACAGUGAAUGAAGAAACAAAUGCAUCAAUAAAUACACCAUCAGCAUCAAUUGAUGAUUUACCUAUGGAUGAUAUGGAGUAUAACGAUCUUGAUCAUCUUCCAAUGACUCCAUCGACAUCAAGUGAAUCACCAGAUGAACGAACAACAGGCUCACCUGAUAUAACUCAUGAUAAUAAUUACAGUAAAAAUCGUUUACAUCGCCAUCAAGGCUUUAAUUCAAAUAAAAGUUCAUCGACAAUGUUGACAAAUCUUGAAAAACUACCAACAUCUGGCCCGUUAAUGUUAACAGACGAAGAAUUAAAAUUGAUAAAACAAGAAGGUUAUCAAAUUCCAACAAAAUUACCACUAAAUAAAACUGAAGAAAAAGUCUUAAAAAAGAUUCGUAGAAAAAUAAAAAAUAAAAUUUCAGCUCAAGAAAGUCGUCGAAAGAAAAAAGAAUAUGUUGAUACACUCGAACGGCAAAUUGCCAAAUAUAUGGAUGAAAACGGUGCACUUAAGGAACGUGUAUCAACAAUGGAGAAAAAUCAAAGAUCAUUAAUGCAAGAACUUCAAUCACUUCGAACAAUGGUUGGUAAAGGCACGCCGACAACAGGCAAAGUUUUAAUGGUUCUCUGCUUAUUUUUUGCUGUUCUAUUUGGUAUAUGGUCGCCGAUAAAUAAUAAACAAUCAGUAGAUGAUUUUAUGCGUUCAUCAAAUGAUGGAUCAUCUUCACAACAAAAAUCUUUAUCAUCAUCAAAUAAUGGUGAUUCAUCAAGUAAUAUGCGUUCCACGACAACAGCAAAAUCAUUACUUGAACAACAAGAUUUAAUUAAACAAGAGCCAACAUAUUCAAAUUAUAUUCCAAAUAAUUAUAAAUCACGUGUACUUCUAUCAUUUGACGAGCAUGACAAUCAUUAUCAUGGGCCUUAUUUACCAGCAAAUAAUAAACAUAAAUUAUCAUCGCAACAAAAGCCAGCUGCGCCAGGAUAUACUUAUUCAAGUUCAGUUGAAAAAUAUAUGAAUAAAAGAUUUAAACUAGCACAAGAAGAAGAAGAACAAGAAGAGAAAAAAAAUUAUUCAACACAAAGAUUAUCAUCCGGCUGCUUGAAACGGCCAUUAGCUGCUGAAUGUCCACCAUCAAUAAUUCUAUCAAGUGAUGCGGCAUAUAAAACGAUUCGACCAAAUCAUACAUCUCAUUAUCGUAUUAAUGAAAAAUUUGUUGUUAUAGAAAAUUCAAAUGAAAAACUUGACCAUGAUUCAUCAACCUUGGAAAGCAAACCAUUAAAAAUAAUCCGUGUUGAACGUACAACACCCGCUAUUGGUAAUGAUACCUUGAAACUAUCACAUCGUACAGUAAAUGAAUAA